GACGCUGCGAGUGACUGUAUGGAAAGAAAUUCUAAGAGCGACUGUGCGGUAUGAAUGUUAUGAGUGACUAAACGGCACAACGCUUGUGAGCGGUUGUGUGGCAUGGCCGCUACGUGAAGUGUCGGCCCCCACUAAACCUGGACCGUGGUGGCCCUGAGACCGGCAGGAAACCUGGGUGUGAAAGUGGAGGAGGGGAAUUGCAGUGGAGACUCCCCCUAGGCAUCCCUGGGAGCCGAGCCCUUAGAUGGUAUAAGGCUGCCGCCAGUCCCCCGUCUGUUGGGAGGCCGUUGUGUUCAAAACCGUCCGCCCUUUUUUUUUGGCUCCGCCCCCUCGCACACCACGUGAUCCGGUGGCGCCGGCAACCGGGGAGGACGCCGCAUCCUGCCGACCGGAGCCUUGGGGAGCGAGGAGGAGGAGAGCCCGACGUGAGGACCAGACCGGGCACCGUGACUGACGUGGGCUCCACCCCCCUGCGCCACGCGGCCGAGCAGCUGCGGGUGCCGAUCAAGCCGCCCGGAGCCACGAGGAGGAGGAGGGGGAGGAGGAGACCCGGAUCGGAACCCAGGUCUACAGCCCCCACUUCAUUCUGUUCUCAGCCUCAGAGCAGCACUUCACCCGGGGUCACUCAAGGAGCCUGAUAAGGAGGAGGAUGAAGCCAAGGACAUACCAGUCACAAGAGGGACCGGGACAAGUGCUUAUCCUGCCGCCUCCAGGACCGCUGACUCAUCACCCAACAACCAGCAUCAUGUACAGGACUAUCUGCACAAUGUUACCUCCCCAGUCAGGGAACAACCCAGGGUCAGCAAAGAACGACAGCCUUUUGUCUUUGUGUGAAGUAAAAGGGGAAGUUCCUUGGUGAAGUCGUAUGGUUUGUCACACUGGAAAUUCUUCAUUGGGUGAGAAGUCGCCGGUCGGUGCUGUCCCCUCUCUGAUCCCUCCAGGACCUCGGUGCAGCAUGGAGGACGCUCCCCGGGGAGUUUCCCCAAAUAAUGAAGGAUACGGAACGAUCGGAAGAGGCACAAAGGAGGAAGGAUCCACGUAUCUGGACGAGAAGAUCGCCAUCCCGGGUGCAGGACGUCCUGGAUUCAGCUUCCGUAAGCUUUGGGCGUUCACCGGCCCCGGCUUCCUCAUGAGCAUCGCCUACCUGGACCCAGGAAACGUAGAGUCCGACCUGCAGUGUGGUGCCAUUGCUGGAUUUAAGCUCUUGUGGGUUCUACUUGGUGCCACAUUCCUCGGUCUUGUCUGUCAGCGUCUGGCCAUACGGCUCGGUGUGGUAACCGGUAAAGAUUUGGCUCAGGUUUGUCGCUCGUACUACCCAAAGGCUCCGCGCUGGAUCCUUUGGGUUUUGGUGGAGAUCGCAAUUAUUGGGUCCGACAUGCAGGAAGUCAUCGGGACGGCCAUCGCGUUCAGUCUGCUGUCAGCCGGGCGGAUUCCCCUCUGGGGCGGGGUCCUCAUCACCAUCGUGGACACGCUCUUCUUCCUUUUCCUGGAUAAAUAUG